AUGGCAGUAGCAAUGCCACAGAGCAAAGUGAUUAUUCUAACAGAUCCUGUGUCUGACGUCUCAGUGCAAAGAAACAGGGUCUCUCUUUAUCCUAUACAAGGUGAAUAUUCACGAGACAAGUUGAUGCUCCAAAGGAUCAGGUCUUACAUUACCUUUUUAGAAACAAGGCUCCAACAACUUUCUCAAAAGCCAAGGGAUAUCACUCAUUACAUCUUCACUGAUUCUGAUAUAGCAGUGGUUGAUGAUUUAGGGCAAGUUUUUCAUGACCAUCCUAAUUUUCAUCUUGCUCUGACCUUUAGGAACAAUAAGGCUCAACCUUUGAAUUCAGGAUUCAUUGCAGUUAAGGGUACCCCGGAAGCAAUUUUAAGGGCAAAGCUUUUCCUACAAGAGGUCUUGAAAGUUUAUAGCACAAAAUAUAGAAAUGCUUCCCGCAUGCUGGGUGAUCAGUUAGCUCUUGCUUGGGUUGUGAUGUCAAAACCUCAUUUUGAUGCCAGAAGGUUUUCCAAAGCACUUGCUUUCUCUGAAGAUAUUGGGGGUACUUCAGUAUUGUUCUUACCUUGUUCUAUGUACAAUUGGACUCCACCUGAGGGUGCUGGUCAAUUUCAUGGCAUGCCAUUGGAUGUUAAGUGA